CGUCCCCCUGGCCUGCGGUCUGGUCAAGUGAUGCAAGCCCCCUCCUCCAGCCUGCUCGCAGGGCGGCCUGGGAACGGCGCCAUCUCCACCCCCUGGAUAUAAACAGGGCCUCGGUGGCCCGGCCGGGAAGCGGCUGCCUUGUCCUGGGACUGAGUGGAAGGGUUUGCAGAAGUGAGUGCCGCGGUCAGAGAUGGGUCCUGCUGGCGUGACCCUGAGAGCCACCGUCCUCUGCCUCGCGGCCUGGGCCGGCCUGGCCACCGGGGACCGGGUGUACAUACACCCCUUCCACCUCCUCGUCUACAGCAAGAGCAGCUGCGAGCAGCUGGAGAAGUCCACCGCGGAGACCCUCAAAGAGCCGACCUUCACUCCCGCCCCGAUUCAGGCCCAGACGGCCCCGGUGGACGAGGGAGCCCUGCGCCAGCAGCUGGUGCUGGCCGCCGAGGGGCUUGAGGCUGAUGACAAGCUGAGGGCCGCCACGGUGGGGAUGCUGGCCAACUUCCUGGGCUUCCGCAUGUACAAGACGCUCAGCGAGCCGGGGAGCGCCACCGGCGGGGCCCUCGUGCUAUCCCCGACGGCCGUCUUCGGCACCCUGGCCUCUUUCUACCUGGGCGCCUCGGACCCCACUGCCCACGAGCUGCAGGCGCUCCUGGGCGUCCCCGGGGAGGACCGGGGCUGCACGUCCCGGCUGGACGGGCACAAGGUCCUCUCCGCCCUGCGGGCCACCCAGGGCCUGCUGGUGGCCCAGGGCGGGGCGGCCGGCCGGGCCCGGCUGCUGCUGUCCACGGUGGUCGGGCUGUUCACGGCCCCGGGCGUGCGCCUGAAGCAGCCCUUCGUGCAGGGCCUGGCUCUCUUCGCCCCCGUCGUGCUCCCGCGCUCUCUGGACCUCUCUGCCGACCCGGAGCUCGCCGCUGAGGAAAUGGACAGGUUCCUGCAGGCGGUGACGGGCUGGGGGACCACAGCCCGGCGGGGGGUCGCAGCAGACAGCACCCUGGUUUUCAACACCCACGUCCACUUCCGAGGGAAGAUGAAGGGCUUCUCCCUGCUGCCCGGGCUCCAGGAGUUCUGGGUGGACAACAGCACCUCGGUGUCUGUCCCCAUGCUCUCCGGCACGGGCACCUUCCAGCACUGGAGCGAUGCCCAGAACAACUUCUCGGUGACUCGCGUGCCCUUCGGCGACAGCGCCUGCCUGCUGCUGGUGCAGCCUCACUGCAGCGCCCACCUGGACGUGGUCGAGGCCCUCGUGUUCCAGCAUGACUUCUCCAGCUGGAUGAAGCUCCUGUCCCCCCGGGCCAUGCGUGUGACGGUGCCCCAGCUGGCGCUGCGCGGCUCCUACGACCUGCAGGACCUGCUGGCCCAGGCCAAGCUGCCCACGCUGCUGGGGGCCAAGGCGAACCUGGGCAGAAUCAGUGGUGCCGACAUCAGGGUGGGAAAGGUGGGGAACAGCGUCCUGUUUGAACUCCAAGCAGACGACGGAGAGCAGCCCACGGAGUCUGCCCAGCGGCCCGGCGGGCCCGAGGCCUUGGAGGUGACCCUGAGCAGCCCGUUCCUGUUUGCCGUGUACGAGCGCCACGCCACCGCCCUGCACUUCCUGGGCCGCGUGACCCACCCGCUGAGCGUGGCCUGAGGCCAGGCCCGGGAGGGGGGCCCUGCAGGGCCUCUGUCCUCGCCACCGGGGCACAGCCAGCGAUUUGUCCAGUCUCCCACCUUCCUCUCUACCGCGUCUACGCCGAGCUGGAGAGCAGCCGUCUGUGCUUGGUGACGGUGGGGCCGGGCAGAGCGAGAGAGGAAUCCUGGCAGCACAAACAGCCUCCCGGGUGGUUGGGUUCAAUUUGGAGGAUGGGGGUGGGGACCAGGAACUGGAGCUUCGCACAGAACUAUUGUUCCAGAAGGAUUUUGGUCCAACCGACUUGUUUGUGAAACCAAAAAGUGUUCCCUUUUUAGCUGAGAAGAGAAAUUGGAUUUUAAUAUUAAAAUACACAUUUUUUUUCAUUGCUUUUGUUUGUAUUUAGCUUAAUGAACGUGAGACUAUGACCUUCAUGCAGUUUCCAAUGCUUUAGUUUUGUUUUCAUAGAUAUUUGUGAUUUUUCAACAACACAUUACGAAAGAUGCAAACGUCUGAAUUUACGUUAGAAUGUGAAACCGUGGCUGGUUAUCCCUCCUUUGUGUUAAUAAUAAAUGUUUUGCAACAAUAA